GCGUUGGAGGCGGGCAACGAGGUUUGCUGCGCCUCCGGGUCUCCGUCCUUGACGCCUUCGCUCUGCUCUCUGCGACCAUGGCUGCGUCCGCUGCUCUCCUGCGCGGCUACGGCUAUGGGUGCAGCCUCCUGUUGCGGAGGCUGAUUCCGGAAAUCAGAUACAUGAAGCGAAGUUAUGUAUCAAAACCCACUUUGAAUGAAGUGGUCAUAGUAAGUGCUGUAAGGACACCUAUUGGAUCCUUUCUAGGCAGCCUUUCCUCACUGCCAGCCACUAAACUUGGUUCUAUUGCAAUUCAGGGAGCCAUUGAAAAGGCAGGGAUUCCAAAAGAAGAAGUGAAAGAAGCAUACAUGGGUAAUGUUCUACAAGGAGGUGAAGGACAAGCUCCUGCAAGGCAAGCAGCACUUGGUGCAGGCCUCCCUAUAUCUACUCCGUGCACUACUGUAAACAAAGUUUGUGCUUCAGGAAUGAAGGCCAUUAUGAUGGCAUCUCAGAGUCUUAUGUGUGGACAUCAGGAUGUGAUGGUGGCAGGUGGAAUGGAGAGCAUGUCUAAUGUUCCAUAUGUAAUGAACAGAGGAGCAACACCUUAUGGUGGAGUACAGCUUGAAGAUUUGAUCGUAAAAGAUGGGCUAACUGAUGUCUACAAUAAAAUCCAUAUGGGGAAUUGUGCUGAGAAUACUGCAAAGAAGCUGAAUAUUGCACGAGAUGAACAGGAUACUUAUGCUGUUAACUCCUACACCAGAAGUAAAGAAGCAUGGGAAGCUGGAAAAUUUGGAAACGAAGUUAUUCCUGUGACAAUUACAGUAAAAGGCAAACCUGAUGUAGUGGUUAAAGAAGAUGAAGAAUAUAAACGUAUUGAUUUUAACAAAGUUUCAAAACUGAAGACAGUAUUCCAAAAAGAAAAUGGUACAGUCACAGCUGCCAAUGCUAGCACACUGAAUGAUGGAGCAGCUGCUGUGGUUCUGAUGACUGCAGAUGCAGCCAAGAGGUUCAAUGUUAAGCCAUUGGCAAGAAUAGCAGCAUUUGCUGAUGCUGCUGUAGAACCUAUUGAUUUUCCAGUUGCGCCUGCAUAUGCUGUACCUAAGGUCCUUAAAGAUGCAGGAUUGAAUAAAGAAGGUAUUACAAUGUGGGAAGUAAAUGAAGCCUUUAGUGUGGUUGUACUUGCAAACAUUAAAAUGCUGGAGAUUGAUCCCAAAAAGGUGAAUAUCGAUGGAGGAGCUGUUUCUUUGGGACAUCCAAUUGGGAUGUCUGGAGCUAGGAUUGUCAUUCAUAUGGCUCAUGCCUUGAAGCAAGGAGAAUAUGGUCUUGCCAGUAUUUGCAAUGGAGGAGGAGGUGCUUCUGCCAUGCUGAUUCAGAAGCUGUAGACAAAGGACACAAACCCUAUGUGACCAGAAUGGCUUGCUGUAAUGGGUGUGACUACAAUCAGCUUAUACUCAAAGUAACCAGCUUCGUUUUUAAUUUUGUAUUUUAACUCUGUUUUUGAAAGAUAAAAACGAGGAAAUCCUAAAAUCUUUUGAAACUACAAAUAAAGUUUUUCUUCUACA